GGAUCCAUUCCCAGCAGUCUACUUAGGGUGGAGCAGGGCUGGGAGAUCGGGUGCUCACAUCCAAAACCAGAAUCCAUCAGGUUAUAAGAGGAAGAGGAGAAAAGAACAAAGGACUUGGAGCUGUAAUCAUCUCGUUACCAUGUCCCCGAAGAAAAAAACCAUGAAGAGCAGCCACCCCGAGCAAAAGCCACCAACGGUGUCUGCUGCAACCAGUAGCUAUUACACAGACUCUCUUGGUUUCAUGUCUAUCGACAGUAAUGUGCCCGGCCUGUCUAACGUCAUUCUGGAGAAGCUCAAUAUGAAGAGCUUUGAAGAUUACAGGUCUGCAGUGGAUGGUAAAAGCUUAACCACUAAUUUUGGUAUCCGAACCUAUUAUGAUAUGUUUCAAAAGAUGGAGGACACUUUCAAAUUUUGUGCUCAAUGCAAGAAACUUCCAUCACUCUUGCCAGACCCUCGAAGUAUGAGACGGUGCAAAAGGUGUCAAAAUGUAUAUUACUGUGGCUCGGAAUGCCAGAGAGAGAACUGGCCAUCCCAUAAGAAAUUUUGCAGAAAACUAAAGCUGGCAGCAAUUGACAGACUGGUAGAAUGGUUGGUAUUUACAGGAGACAUUCCAUUUCCAACAAAACCAUGGACCAAGUCUUGUUCUGAGGUGAAGACCUGGGAAGACUGGUUCUCUAUGCAAGAGAGCCUGGAGGAGAAAGUGGACAGUAUAAUGGCAAGUCGAUAUAUGGGGAUCCUGUGGGCAAAUGCUGGAAAGCCAAAACCAGAAGAUGAUGAACUCAGAGAAUCGAUUAAGCGUCUGACAACUGAUUUCUUCACUAGACCCAUGACCAUCGGUUUUGCCAUUAAUGCCUUCAAUGUGGACCCUUAUACUAAACCAAUAACGGUUCAUGUGAUUGGGGCUUCUUCUAUUGAGACCCUGAACAGCAGAGUUACCGACUAUGAUGAACUAGCCAAAAUGUUUCCUGGAAACCAAGGCAUAGAGGUGGUAAUGGUGGGACCUGAAGUAGUGGACGGCCCUGUUAUGAGACCUCCCCUAGUGUCUUAUGGGCCAAGGGGAAGAGUUUAUGUGAGUGGAUACAAGGGACUGUACCAUGUCUUCUGGGAAACACUGAUUGAGAACCAACAAGCGGCAAGACCUGAUCUCGUAGUGGGCUUUCAUCCAGGGUUCCAUGCGUCUCAGGGCCUGGCAGAAGGUUGGCUUCCCACUCUGUUGCUGCUGCGGGACUACAACAUCCCUUCCUUGUUUACUAUGUACAGUGAGCAUGAGAUGAAGUAUUCCCUGCAGAUCCUGGCAGAGUUGGAAACCCAGGUUUUGUCUUUUGGGCCUUUCCCUUUUGCAUCCCUGAAGCCAGAGCAAGUCCAGACGGACCCCAACAAAACCCCAGCGAGCAGUAAUGCUCUCCACCUGCUCUUCCGAGGCACCAUUGGGGCAGACUCAGAGACUGACAUGGCAGAGUUAGAGGAAACAGACAGCAGCUAAACAGCUACUUGCCUUGCCCCCCCAAGGUGCAACAGCCCACGUCUUAACAGUCCCACGACUUAAGUCCAGUUGAAAAAGGUGGCCUGUCCUACUUCUGUACUGGUGCCUGGAGAGUCAAAUGCUUCACCCAUAAAGCCAUUCUGACUAUUUGUAUUGGGGUUUUUUUUCUAGAUUUUUCAGAUUAUAGACUGACAAAUAUAUCCAAUCAUGUUUUUUUUUAAUAUCAUCUUGUAACGUUGUCUGAAAAUGAUGUGAAAUGGUUAGUAAAGUAGAUGGGAAAACUGA